AUGGGGAAAUUGACGCAAGAGGCACGGCUGCGGUUCCGGAACGCGCGGAGGGACUUGAAAUACGACAGGAUCAAUGCAGCCUUGGAUGAGGCCACGCAAGCCUAUGCCUCCUUCCAACUCUCCGGAGAUCUAGAUGGAAUGGCAGAGUGCGUGCGCAUCGUCAGCCACGCCCUCGGGCGACAGGGCUUGCGCAAGCAAGCUGUUCAGAUGGCCACAGAAGAGUUGGAGAAAUUCAGAGAGAAGAAUCAGAAGCGAGCAGAGGCGCUGAUGUUGGUGACCUUGGCGGAGAUCAAGCUGAACGCGAACCAGAAAGAGAGUCGCGAAGAGGCCUGCCAUUUGGCGAACCAAGCGCGGCUGGCCUUCACGAAUUUGAAGGACCGGAAGAUGGAAGGCGAAAGCUGCCUGGCCAGUGGAAACGCCCUCCUAAAGUGCGGCGCUUUCGAUUUCGCCUUAGAGGCUUUUCAGCAAGCCCGUCCAAUUUUUAAAAGCUUGCAGCAAGUGUCUUUGGAGGGUAGAGCACUCCAUGGCUUGGCCUGCUGCCAUGCAGCAGGUGGCCUUUAUACCCGAGCAGUAGAGCAAGCCAAAGAGGCCUGCAAGUGCUUCGAAACCUCUCAAAGCAGCAUCUUUCAAACUGCUGUGCUUGAGGCAAUCAGCUCUUGGUAUGUGGAGUGUGGGGAGCUGCAGUUAGCACGAAGCUUUGCGGAGCAAAGCCUGGCAAUGGCGCAAGAGGCAUCUUCGCCUCGACGGGAAGCCUCUGCUUUGCGUAGCUUGGUCAAGGUCUACAUUCUCCAGGGAGAUGCGAACUCUGUGCUGGGGAACUGCUUGGAUGCAGUGUCGCGCUACAGGGACAUGAACGCCCGGGAGGCUGAGUCCAUUGCUUUGGCUGCCCUGGUGGAAUGUUCCAUUGCAUCUCAGGGCAGCUUGGACAGGAGCCUGCAAGCAGCCACGGAUGCAUGCAUCGCCUUCCGGGAGAUGGGGGAUGCUCACCAGGAGAUGCACAUGUGCUGCACCAUGGCACGUCUUUGUUUGGAGCAUCAGCAGCUGGAUCAGGCUGAAUCUCAUGCCCGCACUGCACUGCAACUGGCCCGGGGACUGGAUGACAGGUUGGGCCAUGGUGAAGCUCUAGGACUUCUUGCGCAGGCAUUAGUCCUGCUGAAGAAGGAGCAAGUUGUUUGUCAAGAUGCCAAGGAUCAGCUUGGUGAGGCCUUAUGCUCCCUCUCUUUGGCUCACGUCUACAUGGAGUUGAGCAAACCCAAAGAGGUCUUGGCUUCAGCCGAUGCCGCCAGCCGCUUGUUUCGAUCCAUUGGGGACAAGCAGUUCCAGCUCAAGGAUCGUUGUGGUGUGUUUGGCUUUUAA